CUUCAAACCAUCCCAUUCUUCAGUUAACACAAAGAGAGAAAAGAAAAGAGAGAUAAAGAAAAUGUUCGGAAAGAUUAUAGGAGAUGCCCUCAAAACCACCGGCGAUGCCCUUAGAACAACCGGGGACGUUGCUGGGUCUGUCAUAAAUGCUGGAGGAAACUUUAUCGACCGUGCUAGCGAUAUCGGUCGGCUCGGGAAGAAGAAGAUCAAAGGAAAGAUGAUUAUGAUGAGAAACAACGUCUUGGACUUCACUGAGUUUCAUUCCAGUGUUCUUGAUGGUUUCACUGAGCUGUUGGGCAGUGGAAUUGUACUGCAACUUGUGAGUGCAACUGAGGUUGAUCGCCAUUCGAAUGACCCACGAGGGAAAGUUGGAAGGCGAGCUUAUUUGGAGAGGUGGCUAACAUCAUUGCCACCAUUGUUUGCUGGAGAGUCGGUGUUUCAAAUUAACUUUGAAUGGGAAGAUGAUUUUGGAUAUCCAGGAGCUUUCUAUAUAAGAAAUGGACAUACAAGUGAAUUCUUUCUUAAGUCUCUCACCCUUGAAGAUGUCCCUGGCUAUGGAAAAGUCCAUUUUGAUUGCAAUUCAUGGGUUUACCCUCAAGGAAGAUACAACAAAAAUCGCAUCUUCUUUGCUAACAAGACAUAUCUUCCAAAUGAAACACCAGAACCACUUCGUAAGUAUAGAGAGGAAGAACUAUUGAAUCUAAGAGGAGACGGAAAGGGAGAGCGUCAAGAAUGGGAUAGAAUUUAUGACUAUGAUGUUUACAAUGACAUUAGUGAUCCUGAUGCUGGUGAUAAACUUAUUCGUCCUAUUCUUGGAGGGGCUCAAUAUCCUUAUCCUCGUAGAGGAAGAACUGGAAGACCACGAACUAGAAGAGAUCCAAAUUCAGAGAGGAGAUUACAAUCAGUAGUAGGGCUAAACAUUUAUGUACCCAGAGAUGAAAAUUUUGGACAUUUGAAAAUGGGAGAUUUCCUUGGGUAUGCAUUGAAGGCACUUUCUUCAAGCCUAAAACCAGGGCUUCAAACUGUAAUUGAUUUAACACCAGGAGAAUUUGACAAUUUCAAAGAACUAUACAAUCUCUACGAGGGAGGAUUUCCUCUUCCACAAAAUCUUUUUAAGAACCUUACUGAUGGCCUCACAGCACCAUUGUUUAAAGAGCUUUUAAGAACUGAUGGUGAAAGGUUCCUUAGAUUUCCACUUCCUCAGGUCAUCAAAGAUGAUAAAUCUGCUUGGAGGACUGAUUCAGAAUUUGCGAGAGAAAUGCUAGCUGGAGUUAACCCUAUUCUCAUUCGUCGUCUUCAACAUUUUCCACCAUUGAGCAAGCUUGAUCCUAAAGUUUAUGGAAAUCAAAAUAGCACAAUCACUGAAGAACAAAUAAAGAAUGGCUUGGAAGGACUCAGUGUUGAUGAGGCAAUGAAGGAAAACAAGUUAUACAUAUUGGAUCAUCAUGAUGCACUGAUGCCAUAUCUUAAAAGGAUAAACUCAACAUCAACAAAGACUUAUGCCACAAGGACACUACUCUUUUUGAAAGAUGAUGGCACUUUGAAGCCAUUGGUUAUUGAGUUGAGCUUACCACACCCUCAAGGAGAUGAACUUGGUGCUAUUAGCAAACUAUACUUCCCAGUUGAAAAAGGUGUUGAAGGCUCAAUUUGGCAACUAGCCAAGGCUUAUGUGGCUGUAAAUGAUGCUGGAUACCAUCAACUUAUUUGCCAUUGGUUGCAUACGCAUGCAGUACUCGAGCCUUUUGUGAUUGCAACAAAUCGACAAUUAAGUGUGCUUCAUCCAAUUCAUAAGUUAUUAGCUCCACAUUAUAAAGAUACAAUGUUCAUAAAUGCAUUUGCAAGGCAAACCCUUAUUAAUGCUGAUGGACUUCUUGAAUCAACUCAUUUUCAAUCAAAAUAUGCCAUGGAGUUGUCUUCUUAUAUAUAUAGAGAAUGGAAUUUCCUUGAACAAGCCUUGCCGGCAGAUCUUAUCAAGAGAGGAAUAGCAAUUCAAGACUCACAUUCUCCACAUGGAAUUAAGUUAUUGAUAGAGGAUUAUCCAUAUGCUGUUGAUGGACUUGAAAUUUGGUCAACAAUAAAAAAUUGGGUAUCAGAAUAUUGCUCUAUCUACUACAAAGAUGACAAUACAAUCCAAAAUGACAUUGAACUCCAAUCUUGGUGGAAAGAAGUUAUACAGAAAGGCCAUGCCGACAAGAAAAAUGAACCAUGGUGGCCAAAGAUGCAAACUUUAAGUGAAUUAAUUGAAUCUUGCACCAUCAUAAUAUGGAUUGCUUCGGCUCUUCAUGCCGCAGUUAACUUUGGACAAUAUCCUUAUGGAGGCUUUAUUCCCAAUCGACCAACCACGAGUCGAAGAUUUAUGCCUGAAGUUGGUAGUAAAGAGUAUAAAGAACUUGAAUCUUUCCCUGAAAAAGCCUUCUUGAAAACCAUAAAUUCUCAGCUACAAUGCCUUAUUGGGAUUUCACUUAUUGAAAUUUUAUCAAGACAUGCUUCUGAUGAAGUUUACCUUGGAAAAAGAGGUAGCUUAGAAUGGACAAAUGAUAAAGAAGCAUUAGAAGCUUUUGAGAAUUUUGGUAAAGAAGUGAAUGAAGUUGAAGAUAGGAUUAUGGAAAGGAAUCGUAAUAUCAAUUUCAAGAAUAGAACCGGAGCUGCUAAUGUGCCUUAUACUUUGCUUCUUCCAUCUAGUAAUGAAGGACUCACCGGCAGAGGAAUUCCUAAUAGUAUCUCUAUCUAAUUAAGCCUCUUUGUUUGUUAUGAUUAUGUAAUUUGGAUUUGUCUUGCAUGUUUUAUCUUUUUAGUUUGAAGAUCAAAGCCAAGCUAUUUCUUAAGCUAUAUGAAAUAAAAAGAGAAUAUGCUUAAGGGUAGGUUUGGAUUUGAAUGUGUCAGCUGCAUUUUAAAAUUUUUAUGUAUGCAACUUGAUUGCACUUUGUUUUACUUUUUGUGUUGUGAAAGGAAUAAAUGUAAUCAUGUUUAAUUAAUUCCCAUGGUUUUAGAUAAACCAUGGAUAGCUUUCAACCUA